AUGUCCUCCUCUCAGUCUCUCCUCCUCCUCGCGGCCCCUCUCUCCGCGCCUCCCCUUCCUCGCCUCGUCCCCCGGCCUCCCGCCUCCGCUCCCCGCCUCCCCCGCCUCGCCGCCGAGCUCUCCCACCCGCCCCUCGCGAUCUCCCCUCGCGGCGGCUUCGGCGAUGGUGGUGUUGAUGGCGGCCGUGGCGGUGGAGGUGGUGGUGGAGGAGGAGGAUGGUGGUGGAGACGAGGGGGGAGAGGCCCUCCCGACCCCGGCGACGGGUGGUGGUGGCCGCGGUGGCUCCAGUCGCUCCACCCGGAGCUCCUCCUCCUGUUCGUGCUCCUCCAGUCCGACGCCUUCGCCUCCAUCCCGGCCGCGCUCGCGGAGGCCAUCGGCGGGGAGGGCGGCGGGCCGCCCGUCUGGGAGGUGAGGGGCGGGGCGCGCACGCUGCUCGUGCCGGGUCCGACGGGGGCCUCCUACGUCGCCGCGGGAGACGGGAGUGCGGCUAAGCGCCGGGAGGAGGACGGGGCAGGACGCGCCGAGCUAUCCGCGCUGCGGAGGCAGCUGGAGCGGUCGUGGCGGCGCUGCUCCGCGAUCGCCAUUCAGCUGCUGCUCCCCGAUGGGUACCCUCACAGCGUCAGCAGCGACUACCUGCAGUACUCGCUGUGGCGCGCCGUGCAGGGUGUUGCCAGCCAGAUCAGCGGCGUGCUCUCCACGCAGGCGUUGCUGUAUGCGGUUGGAUUGGGGAAAGGCGCUAUACCAACCGCGGCUGCGGUGAAUUGGGUGCUCAAGGAUGGGUUAGGGUACCUGAGCAAGAUAAUGUUAUCGAAAUUUGGCCGGCAUUUCGAUGUUAACCCAAAGGGGUGGAGACUGUUCGCGGAUCUUUUGGAGAACACGGCUUAUGGACUGGAGAUUCUAACUCCGGUGUUUCCUCAUCUUUUUGUUCCAAUUGGGGCUGCUGCUGGGGCUGGUCGAUCAGCAGCUGCUUUGAUACAGGCUGCCACGAGGAGUUGUUUCUACGCUGGAUUUGCUGUGCAAAGGAACUUUGCUGAGGUCAUUGCAAAGGGUGAAGCACAAGGAAUGGUUAGCAAGUUCCUGGGGAUAAUGUUAGGGAUAGCAUUGGCUAAUCGUAUUGGCUCUUCUGUAUCAUUAGCUCUUAUUUCAUUUGCUGGAGUCACGGCAGUUCACAUGUAUUGCAACCUCAAGUCUUAUCAAUCAAUUCAGCUGAGAACACUGAAUCCUUAUCGUGCAAAUUUGGUGUUUAGUGAGUAUCUAUUAAGUGGACAAAUUCCUUCAGUCAAAGAAGUUAAUGAUGAGGAACCCCUUUUCCUGAAUCUGUCUAUUGGUGCUCCACGUAAAGAAAGCAAGAUUUUGUCACCAGAAGCAAAAGAUACCGCAGAAAUAAUUUGUAGGCGGCUGCAGUUGGGUUCUAAGCUUAGUGAAAUAAUUGAAAACAAGGAAGAUGCAUGUGCAUUGUUUGAUCUCUACAAAAAUGAGCAAUACAUUCUUACUGAUUAUAAGGGAAAAUUUUGUGUCAUCCUUAAAGAGGGGUCUUCUCCAGAAGAUAUGCUCAAAUCUUUAUUCCAUGUUAACUAUCUCUAUUGGUUGGAGAAAUACAUGGGCUUCAAACCAAGUGAUGUUGCCUCCGAGUGUAGACCAGGUGGAAGGCUUGAAGUUUCACUGGAUUAUACUCAGAGAGAGUUCAGCCAUGUCAAACACGAUGGUUCAAAUGGUGGCUGGGUGAUGGAUGGUCUCAUUGCUAGGCCAUUACCUGUAAGAAUACGCAUAGGAGAUGCUCUUUCAUAGGACUUCUCAACUUGUUUUGCUCACAUCAAUUCCUAAAAGAAAUAGUACAGUGGGGUCAUUCUUUGGAUUCUUUCUGAGACCAGUUCAUCAGACCACAUAAUUGGCCGACCGUGGCCUCCCUCAGUGAAGGAAAAGAAAAAACAGUCACAUCUGGAAUUAUUUGGCAUCUUAUCAGCAAGUGUCUCUGAACGUAUACUCUUCAAUUGUCUGGGCACUGGAAGUCUGGAACUAACCAUAAAGUUUACCCUCAGGUUCUCAUAAGAUUGGAGCUGGUUAUAUCUUCGGUUUAAAUUUUUAUUUGAAUGUUGGGUUCGUGUCCUGUAAGCUGUAGUGGUUGCUUAGGAAAUCAAGAGCACUUCUUGGGAAGUUAUAGAUAAUUAGAGAUCAAGACUAAUUACCAGAGAUAUACUGGACGCGAGUUCUACUGACUAUAGUUGGCUACUUGUACUUAUUGCAGGUAAUUAAGUGCAAUUUUUUUUGUGACAUUGUUUUUCUCUUGUUAUUUUGGCUUCUUGAGUUUUAGCUCCUAAAAAGGAAAGUUUACAAAUGGAUUUUAAAGUUUGCCGUACUAUUUGAAGUUAUGCACAAGUUACACAUUCUGACAUUUUUUCUACCUGUAAAUACAAAUUGUGAAGAGAAGCUAUGCACUGUAAUGUACUGAUUCUGUGAUGAUUGAUUCCAUUAUUACAUCCUGUUUCUGUAUAAAGAGGAAACGAUAGUGCAAAGACAGUGUACUCAUCAACUGACUACGAAUCACAAUACAACAGUACAUCCUUUUGCGACUACAAUACAUCAGUACUUAACCAGGUGAACAUACCAUAGGGAUCCUUCAGCAAGAUACAAAGUGCAAAGAUUUCCCUGGCAAAUAGAUGCCAGGAAAUCUGUGCAAAUGUUUCUUAUGGUAGUGGCAUCAAAGCAGCCAAACCAUCUGAAGAAAGCCAUACUGCAUUUCUAACAUGGACAAAGUAUGCAGUCAGGUUCAGAACUGGAGCAAUUCCAGCUGGGACAAUACUCAACUUGGGCCGCUGCCUCCCUCACCUUGGCGCUUGGCGCGAAUAUCGAGACCAUGACAAGCAGAUAUCCUAUGACCAGGUUGAACCAGAUGAGGAUUUGGUCUCCUUGCUCCUGCUCUAAAGGCAUGGAGUGCAGGCAGGUGAAGAUCAAACAGAGAGCAAGCAUAAUUUGGUUACUGAUGCUAUAUGCUGCCUGAUUCUCUCCAUCAGUUGACAUUUUUGUCUCUCUCCCUUGUUUAUUCUCUAAUUUUUUAAGAAGAAUUUCUGAUGUAUGAUGACCACUGAGAUUAUAUGGAUUAUAUAAACAAGAUAUGCAAUGUAAAGAUUAUGCUUGUUAUAUGCAAUUUUGUCAGAAAUAAAUGGAACUAGCCAGCUUGGAUUAUGGGGUGGUCAUCCGGCGCAGACCUUCUUCAGGACCAUUUUUCCUUGACC